AGUUGAGGAAAUUGUGGCCGGACAGGCUGUGAGGUAGUUCUGCUCCCUGUCACUGUCCUGCCGAUUUGUGACUGCUGAGCCCACGCACAGCUGAGAGUCUAAAGGAGAGAGAGGCCCAUCUGAGCCCUGCGUCCUAUGGCAAUGUUGUGGCGAGCUCUCACCUUCACACUUCUGUUCCUCAAGGGAUAUCAGGGCCAAGAAUGCGCAGAUUCUAUUGAUCCUGUGGUCAGCCUCUCAGGACUGCCUCUCUCGCUACGGCCUCCCCACACACAGAUGAAGGAACAGACUCUUGAAUGGAGGAUGCAGCUGCCCUCAUUUGAAAAGUGUAAAUUGAUACUGAAGUGGAAGAAUAAAAAUGUGAGCUAUACUUCAUGUGCCUCAGCGUAUUUCAAUAACACUCUCGAUUUUGAGAGUGAGAACUUGACUCUUCUCAUCAAGUCAGCGAAGCCACAGUACAGUGGACUCUACAAACUGGAGCUGACUAAUGUGAAUGGGACAGUUUCCUGUAUCCAGUUCAAGGUCUCUGUAUUUGAUCAUGUAGAGAAGCCCUGCCUGAAGGAAGAGUGGAAGGCAAUGGGUGAAGGAAAAUGCCUAGUGAAUCUCUUCUGCUUGGGCUCCAGGAAUGGCAAUGUGAGCUAUGCUUGGUACAGAGGGAACGAGAAGAUCUCGGCACUGAGAAACCUCUCCCAUCUGGUGGUGCAUCUCGAUGCUAAUGAGCUGGACAAAUAUACCUGCAAUGUCAGCAACCCGGCCAGCUGGGCAAGUGAAAGCCUCCACCUUACCCAGGGUUGUCUGGAACCCAGAUUUCCACUCUUGUUUGUGGUCAUCAUGAUUCUAGUCACAUUGUUUCUUGGAACCCUCACUUGCUUCUUUGUGUGGAAGAGGAAGAGGAAGCAAUCACAGUCCAGCCCACAGGAACUUCUGACAGUGUAUGAAGAUGUCAAGGAAAUCGGGAGGAAUCAAUAUUCUGAUUCCACACUGCCAUCGCAAGAAACUUCUGUUACCUUAUACUCAGUAAUACAGGUGUCCCAGAAGGCUAGACUCAAGAAGCAGAACCAAGAUCCUUCCUGCAGUUGCACCAUCUAUGAACAAGUUGGAAAUAGACCACUUGAGGCCCGUAACACUGCCCGAUUGAGUCGCAAAGAGCUCAGGAUCUUUGAUAUUUAUUCCUAGUUGCUGUAGCUGUUCUCACUUCUCUCCAUGUAAACGUCUGCUUUCAGAAUCAGUACUGUGUAUGACGCAGCCUGAGUCUCUGUGGAACAGUUCUUAGUCUGCAGAGGAUAUCGAAGCUUAUUCACGACCUAUGCUUUAUUUUGAAAACGAUUGUUGAACAGCCAUUACAAGAGCCAGGUUGUUGGAUCAUAUCUCUCAACUUGCAGACCAGACAAGAAUGAAUGGAGAGGUUGGGUGGGCCACACUCUGAGCACCUGUAAUCUAUACAGGGUCAUUAAGCUGUAGAUGCCUGUGCCCUAGUUUUCUAACCUGUUACUUAUUUGCUGAUCUGCGAUGACCUAGAAGCUUCUCUUGCCAAGGCUCACCUUCCAAAGCAAGAGCAAAGAAGACUGAUGGUGACUUGGAGGCCGUGAGCUGGUUGGCAGGUUCUCACAGCGGGGACCUAAGCUUCACUCAGACCCAAGGAGAAAACUUCCAACCCUGAUCUUACACCGUAAGCUCUGGCCAAUUGGUCACAAGAGGAAGUGGGGAAGAGUGAAUGCAGGUGGCAUAAAAACUAAGGUUAUCUUUGAGUAGGAAAAUCACCCCAAUCCCAGGGUGUCCUGUAACUGGGAAGUGAAAUCAGCUGUGUUCACAGUAAGGUGUUUGACUUACAAGGACUCUUUAUGGAUCCUUCUCUUCUUGGAGACUGGCUAGGUUGGCUUCCUCCUACAGAGAAGUGUAGACAGACCACAUUUAAAGCAAGCACCUUUUUCACAGAAGAAGAGGUUUCUCGGGAACCAUAUCUUACUUCAGUUCUGCCACCUGGAGAGAGAACUCAAACAAUUUUGUGCCAAGGAAAAGGCAGUUGGAAAGCAACACUGUUCUGGGCUUCCUGAUCUUCAGCCCAGCCUGCUUAGCAAGGUUCUGGGGAGCAUGACUGAGACUGGCUGAGCCUGGAAAGGAGAAAAGGGUGAGAGUGAACUGGGAAGGGACUAUUAGAGACCCCAACUGGUUAUACUGUUAAGAGGCUGCUUCUUCAAUUGACCCCACGCUGCACUUAAUGUAUGCAUU